CGUUGCAUUGGUUUCCACUCAGUGAUGUCGCGUAUUUGUGUGGCGCACCUGUAAAGAGACAGACGGGCAGAAGCCGGGUUUUUUUUAAUUAUUUGAUUCCUUUUGUUUCUUCUGUUCUUUUUUUUCCUUUUUGUUUCAUGCAUUUGCUAGAAGGAACCCAUUUCUGUGUUUUGAUUUAAUAAAUAUUUAAUUUCCUCAUUUUAUCUUGUUUGUGUUGGUUUUUAUGUUUCCAAGUUUGAACUAAAGAGAGCGGGGAUUCAUCAUUUUACGAGCUACAGUAUUGGCCAGGUGUUUCAUUCAGAGAUUGUUUGCCUAAGGACGUCCCUAACUUUCAUUUGUAGAAACGACGGCAACUCCCAAACUAACAUGGCAGUCAGACUGUGCGAUGUGGCUUCUCUGCUUAGAAGUGGUUCGUGGGCGACUGAGCCUUGGACUGGGCAGGUAAUUGCUGCCAUGGAGACACAGCUGUCCAACGGUCCAACUUGCAACAACACAAGCAACGGUCCUUCAACAAUAUCGAACAACUGCUCCUCACCUGUAGAUUCAGGGAACAUAGAAGACAGUAAAACUAACUUGAUAGUCAACUAUCUGCCUCAGAACAUGACCCAAGAGGAGCUGAAGAGUUUGUUUGGGAGCAUCGGAGAAAUUGAGUCCUGUAAACUUGUUCGAGACAAAAUAACAGGGCAGAGCCUAGGCUAUGGAUUUGUGAACUAUGUGGACCCAAAAGAUGCAGAAAAGGCCAUUAAUACCUUAAAUGGCUUGAGGCUUCAGACUAAAACCAUCAAGGUUUCCUAUGCGCGUCCAAGCUCCGCCUCAAUCAGAGAUGCAAAUUUGUACGUCAGUGGCUUGCCAAAAACCAUGACGCAGAAGGAACUGGAACAGCUCUUCUCUCAGUAUGGACGCAUCAUUACCUCACGUAUUCUGGUGGACCAGGUGACGGGCGUUUCCAGGGGGGUUGGCUUCAUUCGCUUCGACCGGCGAGUUGAGGCCGAAGAGGCCAUCAAAGGUCUGAACUGUCAGAAGCCGCCUGGUGCCACUGAACCAAUUACAGUCAAGUUCGCAAACAACCCGAGUCAGAAGACGAGCCAGGCGCUGCUGUCGCAGCUGUAUCAGUCUCCCAAUCGAAGGUACCCAGGACCCCUCGCACAGCAGGCACAACGUUUCAGGUUGGACAAUUUGCUGAACAUGGCAUAUGGAGUCAAAAGCAGGUUCUCCCCCAUGGCCAUCGACGGGGUGACCAGUUUGGCUGGCAUCAACAUCCCGGGGCACGCAGGCACCGGCUGGUGCAUUUUCGUCUACAACCUGGCUCCAGACGCAGAUGAAAGCAUCCUCUGGCAGAUGUUCGGGCCGUUCGGAGCCGUCACAAAUGUCAAGGUCAUUCGUGAUUUCAACACAAACAAGUGCAAAGGAUUUGGUUUUGUCACCAUGACUAAUUAUGACGAGGCAGCUGUGGCCAUCGCCAGCCUGAAUGGAUACCGCCUCGGGGACAGAGUUCUGCAAGUCUCGUUCAAAACCAACAAAACACACAAAGCCUAAAACCCACUAAGAUUGUUCUUAGAAACUCACCAGGAAACGGAAAAUGGAAGCGUGUUGAACAUAACUUUCUACAUUAGUAAAAACAGCUUUGUAAUCAAUAUUUAGCGUCCAACAAUGUGAAUUUACUUUGUUUUUUUGUUUUUCUUAAUUACUGCGCUUUCAAUCUUAAUAUAGUUUAAACCAGAAAAAAAAAAAUCCUGCAGGAUAUGAUGCCUGUGACGUUGACUCUUGCUGUCUUACCAGAUGGACCGUUUAAAACAUUACUGAGUUUUGUCCUUUUGUUGCAGGUUGCUUUGAAACACCAAGUCUUGUAAAGUUAUGUGUUGUGAUUUUUCUUUUAGUUCUGUGGCCUGAUUUGCCAGAGGUGCGUUAUGCCUAGAGUUGUUAAGCAAGAACUUAUUUUGAGCUGGUUUGUUUUUUUGGUUUUAUUUUUGUUAGUUUAUAGUAAUGAGUUGGUCAUUGGUUGGCUGCGUAAUGUUGCUUAUUGUAAACUUAAUGGACAAAAAAAAGACAAAAAAAAUUCUUAAAGCAGUACCUUGCCAAAGAGCUAAGAACCUCUUUGAUGUGGGUUUAAAAAGCAUCUAUUUUUAUAAAAAGAAAAAUUUGGAAAAACUUUUUACUGGACCUGGAACAAAAUAUUUUGACUUGGAUACUUUGAGAAAUAUCUUCAUAUGACACCUUGUGAGCUUUUGAACUUUACAAGAAAGUUUGCAGUGGUUGACAUUUCUGGAGAGAUUUAUGAUGUAAAAGAUACCUUUUGAGAUCUUUGUAUUAUCUUUAGACUAUAGAAUCAGUGGGAGUGCUGGUUUCAUUUGUAAAUCGUCUGUGGGUCCUCUGUCAUUCCUGGUCGUCAGAUCGACCAGCAACUAGCUUUCCAGACAAAAAUAAAAGGUUAUUUGCAAGAAUGCAUGCAACAUCCCAAAAAGGAGAGAUCUUAAAAGUUAAAUGGGGGAUUUAAAUCAGUUCUUCCUCAGAUUCCCUUCAGAUGGAGCUCAUGGUGUUUUUGUGGCAUAUCCACAAUAUAUCAUCAGUCAGAUUUUUGGCAUGGUGUCAACCAUUAGGCGUUUUUACAUACUUUAUAUGAAACAUUGAGAAUGAGCCAAUGAAGGCAGCCGCGUAAAAGAGAGGAGGAGAAAAAAAAGGUGUGAAGAAUCAAUGACUGAGCUGUGUAAAUAAGUCCUUUUUUACGUUGAGUAUUUGGCAAACUUAUUUUAGUUCUAGUUUGGACUUCUAGUUUUGGAAAGUGACUUGUUUUCCUAUUCUUCCCUCCAUGGAGUAUGUAAAGUGUUUUCUUUCUUGAUAUUUUGUUUUUAUUUCAUUUAAACUUGAGUUGAUACUUGAUUCGUUGUCCUAUGGACUAGCAUUAGUGCAUCAUAUUUGUUGGUCGUUUGGUCUGUAGAUAGUCUUUCUUCGUUUAAAAAAAAAAAAAAAAAAAAUUACAGAACUAUAGACAUUUUUUUUAAUAUAUAUAAACAUCAUAGAUAUAUAUUUAUGUGGUAAAGAAUGGAUAUAAACCACAUUUUGAACUACUUUACUUUUCUUUCAUAUAUCUAUAUAUACGUAAUGCAUAUAACCUGUCUUUAAAAUCGUAAAAAGGUGUGUAUUGCUUUAUUCUCUUUGAGGAAGGACAGUGAAGCAGUUGCAUUUUAGUGAAAGCAAAAUUGGUCGCAAAAAGUUGCCGAACAUCACACUCAUCUUGACCGAACAAAUUUCUUCUGGCCGAGCCUGGGAUGCAUUAGUCCUGCGCUGAAUCCUGCGCCUGCAUCUUCUCGGCCUUUCAGCUGGUUACUAGUCACGCUUCCCCUUAAAUGAGCAGUGGGCUAUGCAUUAUAGAAUUCUUUGCAACUGCUUUUUUUUUUUUUUUCUUUCCAAAUUUGUGUUACUUGUAAAAGUUAAACUUUAAUUCCAGAUGAGUUGUGAUACUUGCUGCUGCGGGGGGAGUGCACAUCUUUCAUGCCUGACUUGUCGUGAUUGGAAUUUCCUUUUUUAUUUUUCAUCUCCUUUUGUAAUCUGAAUAAUUUGGUCUUGAAAAAUUUGUGCUGAUGGUCAGGCAUGAAAACGUGUCCCUUUUUGAACCCCUGUUAUCUCAAUUCUUAAUGAGAAAUUAUUUAUUUGAAGUUGUGUAGUCUUACUUUGUUCACGACAUCUUUGAAAUAGAAUAUUUUUUGUUGAAUAUUUAAACGGAUGUACAUGUUCUUUACUUUGUGUUUGGAUACUUUGGAUUAUUUUU